AUGGAAGACAGAUGUACAUCGAUCAACAUGGGACCAAGUAAAAGGGAUAAAGUUUUGUGUCAGAUAAGUGACUCGGACCAAUUACAACACCCAAAUGAUCUGAAACCGAUGGCAGACUUUAUGUACAGGGGUACGGAGGUAAGGAUAUGAUAUUUGUUUUGAGUUUUUUGUCUACUUGUAAGCCUUAGAACGUAUCGUUCAAAAUAUUUUCCUUGCUCCUCUGUGAGUUCUCACCUGUAGUUAGCCUGGGCCAUUUCAUCAAAAAACUUUUCAAAAGAAGCCCAGAAACACCGCCAUCGACCAAAAUGAAAACACCAAAACCUUCAAGUAUGUCCGGCAUGAAUCCACAACAUUCAAUGAUCACUUGCGAUUUGCGCUAGCGAUAAAACUCGCCGCGAUGGUGUAAGAAAGCAGCAAGUUCCUGGUAUAACGUUGGCGUAAAGAAGCUUAGCGAAUAUGAAUGUUUUGGAAAUGAUAUAAGUGAAAAAUUAAAGAACAUGGAAAGAUUACGCCUAAAAAAAAGGAGGCAGAUUAUUUCGGUUUGUUGUGUAGAAACUCACACUUGCUGUUAUACGCGUAAUACGAGCAUAAUCAAACUAUAACAAAAUUCUCGAACGUGAUUGGUUAUCACCAGCCCAAUUUGAGCACUUAUAGAACAGUGUACGCGUGAUGUUUGUAAUUGGACAAUCGCCGAUUAAUAUUAAUAUUUUCAUGAAAACGUAUACCCGAUGUCUAGUACUCGUGAUUAACAAAUUGGACUCCCGCUUCGUGGUCGUCCGAUUUUGUUCAUCACUCGUAUGAUUACAGACCGAAUGGGAUUCCACUUGGUCCUUUUACCAUUAAUAAUAGAACACCGGAAAAAUCUGUUGCGUCUAAUCUGAGACGAUUCAUGUACAAGUUUUUCUGUGUUCUCAUACUACCUUAAGGGAUUUUCUAGUAAUUGGAGUGCGUAUAUUCUCUUCAAAUAAGGCUAACUAUAUUUUUUUACCAGAACAAAUGUUGUUUCAACAAGUGCUACAACAAUGCAACUUGCCUAGUUGGAUUUACAGACAAGGAAUACAAGUGUAUGUGUCGGGCUGGUUACACGGGGAAGCAUUGUGAAAAAGGUGAGGAGUACUGAAAAGUACUGUACUGAGCUCCAAAAAUCAUGUUUAGUAUUGCAGUUAUGCGUCUCUUUUGUAACUAUAUUUUAGUUUGAUCUCGUAUGUCUCUUGCUUCCGUGUGCUGUAUCACACUCUGUGCCCGUUUUGGUUUUGGUUUCAUUUAGGGACUCAAGUUUCCUCCUGUCGUUUCACGAUUGUCUGUAUCUCUUUUUUUUUUCCCUUCACUUGUGUUUUGUGUGUUGCCUCGUUUUAUCUGAUGAUUCGCGUCUCGCUCUUUAUCCCUUGUGGUUUUCGCUUUAUUCAUCCACUCGUGUUCCGUUUGUUUCCUCGUGUCAUCUGUUGAUUCGAGUUUCUCUCAUCUCUUUUGUGGUUUUCAUUUCUUUCUUGUGUCCCCUUGUGUCUUGUCAUGCGAUAACACGCCAAGAGAUAGGAAAAGAGAUUAAAGGGUUUUUUUUUUAUCCCCACAGCAUUCAAUGCCGUUUUUACAAAUAACAAUGCCUCAGGUAGAUAUGGUCCACCAACACAAGGCAGUCAUUACACAGGUCAGGAUCAUGACGGACAAGCGACAUUAUCCAGCGGUAUUCAACAAUGGACUGUGCCUUACAGUGGUGAAUACAGAAUAGAAGCAAUAGGAGCAGCAGGAGGGUACGAUUCAACACCUAACAGCUCUCAGUACCGCGGAAGAGGAGCGAAAAUGAUUGGAACAUUCCGUUUAAACAAGGGUGAAGUCAUUCAGAUACUUGUUGGUCAAGAAGGAGGAAUAAACGAGUGGAAUAAGUCCUCUGCAGGUGGUGGAGGCACCUUUGUAGUGAGAGGAAGCAGAACACCUUUGAUAAUAGCUGGAGGCGGAGGAGGCGGUCAAAGUGUUAUAGCAAGACAUGGAGGAUGCGACGCCAGUACAAACACAACAGGAAAUCCUGGAUACAAAUCAUGGCCGGGGGGUAGUAAUGGACAUGGCGCACAGACUGCCGAUGAUCAAUGGACAGGUAAGGCGGAAUAUUGCGAUGAUCCCUUCCAACUCCGCUCCUCAUUUAGCGAUAGAGAACACUAUUCACGUUCCGUUUUAUCAAGCCUUACACGAGAUCUUUAAAGACUAUUAAUAAAUACUUCGAAAUGACACAAAAUUGUAAAUAAUCUGCCAUAAUUGCGCAAUAUUGAGGUAACAUACGGAGUUUUGUUUAUGAGUGGCAAAACUUUGGAAAACUAACUCGUUCAUAUAAUCACUCGUUCGUUUUUCCGAGUUUUCUAACUCGUGAAUAUAAAUCCCUACGUCGUACUUGCUAUGAAGAAAUCUGUAGAAGUCUGAGAAAGGUUGUCGCAAAAAAAGGACAAAAGUGCACGCUGCGACAAUCUUGAAAGUUAAUCUGGUAUCGGUAAUUAGUAGAUUUUAAUGGGCCAAAUCAAUUGAUUGAUACCUUGUGCUUACCGUGAGGUUUUCUCAGAUUUCCAUGUAAUUCUGAGGUAAAAGAAACGUGACCUGGCAACUACCCACAUUAGCUCUCGGAGUAGUCGCGUACACUUUUACACUUUUUGGCCGACAACCUUUCUCGAAGCAGCUGUAUCCACCAAACGGGUCGCGUCCCAAUACAAAGGCAUCACGUAAAGGAUUGACCACACUGAUAUGAGUGCAUGUGAGUGUUUUGUUUUUUCGCAAUAAAAAUGCCAUUAAUGGAGAAGCGUAACAUUUCAGUUUAACACAGUUUCGUUUUUGUUUAUUAUUGAAAUUUUUUUCAGGUGGUGGUGGUGGUGGGUUUUACUCCAGUGGAAGAAGUAGUGUAAAUUUUGGUGGAACCGAAGGAAAAGGUGGAGAAGGUGGUAAGGGAUUCCUUCAGGGUGGGGUAGGUGGAAGAUCCGUGCAUAACGAUAUCGUUGGUGGGUUUGGAGGAGGAGGUGGAACUCACGGAUUCAGAGCAGGAGGGGCAGGAGGAGGAGGCGGAUACUCUGGGGGAGGCAGUGGAAAAGGCAGAGGGAAUUCAUGUGGGGGUGGCGGUGGAUCCUUUAAUGUUGGACACAAUCAGCAAAAUGACUGUUGUUACAAAACAGCUGGUCAUGGUCAAGUGACCAUCACAUUUCUGAUAAACUGA